AUGACGACCCGCAAACACAAUGAGUUCCUAGACAUCGCGGCCAGCGACGACGAGGCCAGCGACAGUGACCGCGGCUAUGACUCCGAGGCCAAUGUGGCGGAGAGCAAAGGACGUGCCGUGAAGCGGCGGCGAACAACAACGCAGGCCUCAUACUCAGCCGAGUCCGACGAAGAAGACCAAGACCAAGAUGAAGACGAAGACAACGAGACAGACGGCGGCGCAAGCCUAGAGGUCUCCGAGAAACCCACCAAACCCACCAAGUCGUUGAAAGCAAAAGGCAAACUCGCCAAGCUUGCAAAGCCGCCCAAGAAAGAUAAAUCAGGCGUCAUUUACUUCUCUUCUCUGCCCCCAUACCUCAAGCCCUUCGCCUUGAAAGCCAUGCUCGAGAAACGCGGAUUCGAGGAUAUCACCAAGGUUUUCCUGGCGCCGCUUCUGCCCUCUGCGGCGGGUACCCGACAGCGCAGUAACAAGCGCAAGAUGUACACGGAGGGUUGGGUUGAGUUCAAGAAUCGCAAGGUUGCGAAGAUCUGCGCGGAGACUUUGAAUGCGACGAUCGUGGGUGGUUUGAAGUCCAGCUGGUAUCACGACGACGUGUGGAAUAUGAAGUACUUGAAGAAAUAUAAGUGGUCGGAUCUUAUGGAGCAAAUACAGAGAGAGCGUGCUCAGAGAGAAGCCACUCAGAAGCUUGCUGAUUCUAAGGCUCAGAAGGAGACUAAGGUGUUCUUAAGUGGUGUGGAGAGGUCUAGGGUUUCCGAGGGAAUGGCGAAGAAGAAUGCAGAGAAGAUGAAGAGGCGGGAGGGUGCUGAUGAUGGGGAUAAGGAAGUACCGCAGCCCAAGCAAGCGGCGCAGUCUGCGAAAAGACGUUUCCACUUCCAGCAAAAUGAGGUCGUUGGGGGUUCGAAGGAUGCUGCAAUGGCUGAUGAUGCAAAGCGGGUUCUGGGCAAGAUCUUCUAG